AUGACUUGGCCGGAUGUCCCCGUCCCCCCCGCUGCGGGCAUUUCUUACUUCACUCCGGCGCAGUCUCCCCCCGCCGGAACUGCCCGUGACCCCCAAACCACCGGCAAGCCCAUCCCUAAACUCUUCAAGCCUUUGACCAUUCGUGGCCACACUUUCCAGAACCGCCUGGGCGUGGCGCCCAUGUGCCAGUACAGCGCUGAGGAUGGCCACUUGACAGCUUGGCAUAUCGCCCACUACGGUGGCAUUGCCCAGCGUGGCCCUGGAAUGAUCAUCAUCGAGGCCACCGGUGUGGUUCCCGAGGGCCGCAUCACUCCAGGCUGUUCCGGCCUCCAGGGCCAGAAGAUCGGUAUCCAGCUGGCUCACGCUGGUCGCAAGGCUUCCACCGUCCCUCCCUGGUUGGGUGGUGUCACCGCCACCAACGCCGUUGGCGGCUGGACAGACAAUGUCAAGGCUCCCAGCGCAAUUCCCUUCGCGGAUGGUGACAUUGUCCCCAAGGCCAUGACCGAGGAUGAUAUCGAGGAGGUCAAGACCGCCUGGGUUGCGGCUGUCGAGCGCGCCGUCGCUGCUGGCGUCGACUUCAUUGAGAUCCACAACGCCCACGGAUACCUGCUGUCCUCCUUCCUGAGCAGCUCCUCCAACCAGCGUACCGACAAGUAUGGUGGCAGCUUCGAGAACCGUAUCCGUCUCUCCCUGGAGAUCGCCCAAUUGACCCGCGACACCGUGGGUCCCAAUAUGCCCGUCUUCCUGCGCGUGUCCGCCACCGACUGGCUCGAGGAGAGCAUGCCGGAGGAGAAGGGCUGGAAGCUGGAGGACACCGUCGAGUUUUCCCGCGCCCUCGCCGCCCAGGGCGCCAUUGAUCUGGUCGAUAUCAGCACUGGUGGUGUCCACGCUGCUCAAAAGGUCACCUCCGGCGUUGGAUUCCAGGUCCCCUUCGCCAAAGCCGUCAAGGAAGCCGUCGGCGACAAGAUGCUCGUGUCCGCCGUGGGAAUGAUCAACAACGGAAAUUUGGCCGAGCAGGUCCUCAACGAUGAUAACAUCGAUUACAUCCUGGUUGGCCGUGCCUUCCAGCGUGAUAGUGGUCUGGCCUGGGCCUUCGCUAAGGACUUGGACGUGGAGAUCGCCAUGGCGGCUCAGAUUCGUUGGGGCUUUACGAGCUUCCGGAAUGCGUCUGAGUAUAUUCAGCCUAACUCGAUGAAGGCGUCCAUUUUUGAUUAG